UCUGAAUUGAAUCUGAAUCUGAAUCUGGUGCAGAACCGAGUUUCUGCCUCACAGCAAUAGAGACCCAAGUUUGAUCCUGACUUCAGGUGCUGUCUGUACGGAGUUUGUACGUUCUCCCUGUGACCGCGUGGGCUUUCUCCAGGUCCUCCGGUUUUCCCUCACACUCCAAAGACGUACAGGUUUGUAAAUUGAUUGGCUUCUGUAAAUUGACCCUAGUGUGUAGGAUAGAGCUUGUGUAUGGGGUGAUCCUUGGCUGGCUUGGACUCAGCGGGUCAAAGGGCCUGUCUCUGUGUUAUAUCUCUCAAUUAAUUACAGAAGAGUGAUAUCAUUUCUGAAAACUUUGGCAACACACCAGGUAUUUUGUAGAGUGCAGUAGGACAGUAUUUUUUCUGAGUUUAUGAUUAACACAAUUAUUACAGCAACAUGAUUUCACAAUAUUGAAAUGGUUUCAUUUAGACAAGCUUUUUAAAAAGCUCGCAGUGAAAACGGGGUGACUGAAGAAACAACCAGCAAGGAAGAAAUAUGGCUGUGCAAAUAUUCCUCUGCUUUUCGUUUUUAUUCUUUCCAACGAUAAUUGCAGGACAGUUUGUUUCCCAGUCUCCACGUACCAUAUAUGCAGAAAGAGGAGAAUCAGUUUCAAUGACCUGUGAAAUCACAUUUACACAUGGAACGCUAGUGGGCACUAGUUUACUAAGGAAUCCUUUCAACCCAAUGAAACUUUGUUAUGUCACCAAUACAUCUGCGUUCAUACCUGAUAUGCAUAAACUUCGUUUGGGUUGCAUUGGGACACACGAUGCAAAGAGGAUCAACAUUACUCUCAAAAAUCUCCAGAAAAACGACACUGAUAUUUACUAUUGUUCUUCUGGGAUAGAGAACGGUAGAUUAAAAGACUUCAACUCUACAGGAACAAUACUUUUUGUAACAGACGAAACCAAGCAUAACUGUGCCACAGAAGAAAAGUGCACAUUUGCUGUUUUUAAGGAUCCGCUGAUGAUUGCAAUGAUUAUUCUUACCGUUGCUAGCUUCCUUUGUGCACUGGUUCUGUUAAUUCGACAUGGGAAAAAUCACUAUCAAGAGGCCGAAUCUCAACGAAAACGAGUUCCAAAUUCAGUGUAUGAAGAUAUGAACUUGGUACGUUCGCAAAGCAUGGCUCGUUAGUGGUCAAGUAAAAUGAGCCUUAAACAUUUGAUUCAAUGAUCUAUGAAAGGUAAAAUGCACCAUCAAAGUAGGAUAGGACCUGAUGGAAUCUGCAAAGUUCUUAAUCAUUUUCUUCACUGUUUUGUUUCUGUGACGUAAACUUUUAUGGAGUAAGAUGGAAUGCUGAAAUCUUGAGCAAAACACAAGAUGCUGGAAUAAAUCAGCGGGUCAGGCAGCAUCUGUGGAGGGAAUGGACAGGAGACGUUUUGGGUCGGGAGCUCUUGAUCAGUCUUAAGAAUCGAAACGCUGCCUCUCCAUAGUCUCCACAGAUGCUGCCUGAUCUGCUGAGUUACUCCAGCACUUUGUGUUUUGCUGUGGUAUAAAUUGGGUGUGUUUUUUUGAUGGCUGGUGUUGGAACAGAACAUCAUGUAUAUAAUCUACAUGAUGUUCUAGUCUCACCGAUGUAGAAUCCACAAUUCUACAUCGGUGAGACUAAGCGGAGGUUGGGCUAUCGUUUCGCCGAACACCUCCGCUCGGUCCGCAAGAAACUACCUGACCUCCCAGUGGCUCAGCACUUCAACUCCCCCUCCCAUUCCCAAUCCGACCUCUCUGUCCUGGGUCUCCUCCAUUGCCAGAGUGAGCGACACCGGAAAUUGGAGGAACAGCACCUCAUAUUCCGCUUGGGGAGCCUGCAUCCGACGGGCAUGAACAUUGAAUUCUCCCAAUUUUAACCAUAUAACCAUAUAACAAUUACAGCAUGGAAACAGGCCAUCUCGGCCCUACAAGUCCAUGCCGAACAAAUUUUUUCCCCUUAGUCCCACCUGCCUGCACUCAUACCAUAACCCUCCAUUCCCUUCUCAUCCAUAUGCCUAUCCAAUUUAUUUUUAAAUGAUACCAAUGAACCUGCGUCCACCACUUCCACUGGGAGCUCAUUCCACACCGCUACCACUCUCUGUGUAAAGAAGUUCCCCCUCAUAUUACCCCUAA